AGCAACAACGACAGCAUGGCUCACAUGCCCUGCUUUUGCAUUUCGCAGGCAUUCCUGGCGCUCCUCUUGCUGUGGUCAUCGCCCUGCACGAACGCGUCAGCAAGCUACCCGGCGCUUUUUCUGCAAUCACCAGAUUGUGGUGGAUACCAGUGCUCCGUCAGCGGUGCGUUUUCGGACUUGCCGCGUCUGGAUCAGCCCCUUUUCACUGCGACGGCAUCAACGACAGCGACAUCAAUUCCUGCAGCCAAUUUAAACUGUCAGAAGACCGACCGUUUCUUCAGUGGGCACGGAAGCAGCAACAACGACAGCAUGGCUCACAUGCCCUGCUUUUGCAUUUCGCAGUCAUUUCUGCCACGCACAUCUGACGAGUGGAAUCGCCUUCCUGCUUCAAUAGCCACUAUCGAAGACUCCCAUCACUUCAAGAACGUCUUAGCUAACAUUGUAUGAUUAUAUGCCAUUUUUUGUUUAUUUGUAUUACCAUUUUUGCUGUACUCUGUUUGUUUAAUUUCUUCUUGAUUGUAACCA